AUGUCUGAAGAGAAGUACGAUGCUGCCAUGGACCUGCUCCGCCGGUUAGAUCUCGAGAAUCUAGAAUCGAAUCUGCAGGCGCUGAUAGAGCUGGAGCCUGCGCUUGCGGCGGAUCUAUUGUCUUCCGUCGACACGCCCCUUACCGUCAAGGCAGACCCCAGCUGCUCCGGGCGCGAGUUCCUCUGCUGUGACUAUAACCGGGACAUUGACUCGCACCGUUCGCCGUGGUCCAACGAGUACUUCCCGCGGCUAUCCGCCGAGGAGCUCGCCGAGAGUCCUUUUCCGUCGGACGCGCUCCGCAGGCUGGAGGUCCUUGCCAACGACUCCAUGGACAUCUACCGCGACCUUUACUACGAGGGCGGCGUGUCUUCGGUCUACAUGUGGAGCGUGGACGACGCUGCGGACGACUUUGCGGGCGUCGUGCUCUUUAAGAAGGGCGCCCAGAGCACCAGCCACUGGGACAGCAUCCACGUCUUUGAGGUCUUGCAUGAGGGGAGCCACGAGGUAGUCUACCGCAUUACCACAACCAUCAUCCUACGGCUCAAAGAUGCCAAUGCAGUCGCACUCUCGGGGAACCUCACUCGCCAGACGGAGAAGACCGCAUCGCUGCCUUCUGGCUCCGAGGAAAGGACCCACAUUACGCACGUUACGAACUUGGGCUCUGCGAUCGAAGAGGUGGAGGGCCAGAUGCGCAAUCUCCUGGAGGUAGUCUACUUCGACAAGACGAAGGAUGUGUACCAUGAGCUCCGCAAUGACGCGGCAGAGUCCCUCCAGGUCAACCGGGACAAGCACCAGGAUUUAAUCAAGGGCCUACAGGGCCUCUAG